UAAAAGUGACAUGCCUCACAUGUCAGUUUGAAGGCCCAUUAGUGUCCCCAGUCUGCUAACAAAUUACCAGAGGUCUUGACUUUGACCUACAGGACUAUCCAUCAAGCACUGCUGAUCUUUAGUUGUGUUUGUAAAUGUGCAGAAAUUGAUACUUUAAAUCUGUCUGGAGAAGACUUUAUUUACUAAAUAUUUCGCAAAACAAGACAGUUCAACUGCAGAUAAUAAAUGAGUCUAAAGCUGGGGAGAUUACAAAACAUAGUGGAUAUGGUUAAUAUGGCACAAGAGGUUCUAUAAUAUGAAAUGCGCUAUACAUUCUUGUAAUGUUUUUAUCUGCUUUUUACUUUGGGUUGUGUUGUUUUACUCACACUGCAAGCACUAAUGUUGAAACUUGUUACUUCAAGUUUAAGUGAUCAUGAGGACAAUUUGGGUUUUUGGGUCAUACAUUGAAAAUAAUUUAACUACAAAUCCAUGCUUUAAAUGUAACUUAAAAUUGAAGAGUUUUUUGCAUAAACGGAUUAAUUUCGAUUUUAUGUUUUUAUUUUGUUUAAUUGUGAUAGUUAGCUGUUUACGUAAUCAAAACGACCAAACUGCAGUUUGAUGUUAAUUGGAAUGCACAAUAAAAAAACAUUUAUUUUAAAGCACACUUUUUUAUUUCUGCAAACAAACUCAAUGCAAUGUGGAAAUGCACCUGAAUAAUUGUAAUUGUUUAUGUUUGGUCAAAGAAUAAGAAUUUAAGGGACAUUAUUUUUCAACUCAUUUUAAUAUUUUUAAUGUUGUUUUACAGUUACAUUUUUUUGUGAAGUCACGGGUCAUGUGUUUUUAAUGUUCACUGUAGUAAACAUGGACCCUGUUCAACAAAUAUUUCUUUCCCUUAUACUAUAUAUAGUAGAUGUGAUUUUUUUUGUAUUUCUGUAGAGAAUUCAAUGGCUAACAGCAUUUCUGAGCGGAGUCAGUGUAUAUUGUUGCAAUUAUAAGGUUUGACAAAAUAAUAAUUAUACAACGUAAAAUAAUCUUAAAUUCAGUCCACAGCAUAAUGACUAUAAUUUAGAUAAAAAAAUUGUCAUUGACUCGCCAUCUGGGUGUUUUCCUGAUUUUGGUCUGAGGUGUGCAUGGAUGGACUUCGGCACUCCCUUUGACCCUGAUAUAGAAAGUGAAUUGAUGAUGGAUGCAGGAUCACUUUUCUUCAAGGUAUUAGUUAUAUAAAUUAGGUUAUGUAAGUGCUACGAACACCUCUGGCUCUGUGGGUGCUCAGAUGUCAGUCAAACAAGCAUUUUCACAUUUUAGAGAGGUCCCAUAGCCACACCGAAAGCUUUUUGGAAGUUAAGUAAACUUGUAGGAAGAAAACAUUUUUAGAUUUACAAUAAUUACCAAUAUAAUGGCUAAUUUUAGAGGUACUUUAAAAAUAAUAAAUGAAACACACAUGCACAACCUUAUGACAACAUUAUUAUUAAUUUACAUUGUGUAUCAAAUUUGCAUUAUUUUCUAUACAUUUUGGUGUAAGACUUAAAUAAAUAAAACCCAGUCCCCUUUUAUCAAGUUACUAGUUCAAUUAUUUGUGCCACUAAAAUUGAAGAUUUGUUGCGCAUAGCUUUAACGUGCCAAUCAAAGUCAGGGUGGGCUUUGCUGUCUUGGGCACCAUGUGAGUGUUAGAUCUGUUAGAGUUGUCUGCCGAGCACGCUGGUAGAAUGACUCCUAUUCCCUUACAACAAUAAACCUGUUGAAAGUUUGAGAAGUUCAACGAGAGAUUGAUAUUCAACAUUCAGCCAUUAGUGUAGGUGCUGUGUCACUGUCAGGCUGGAGUUGUCGGACCCCCAAAACUGGUGGAGUGGGGGGAAAUCGCGGAAGAACAAGAACUCCUCUCGCGGGGCAAAUAUGACCGCGCUGUCCCGAGAGAUGAGCCAGGAUGAGCCCCCGGACCAAGCGGCACCAAGUCAGGAGGUCUGCGUAACGGAGAGCGCCGAGCAGGAGUGCUGCGAGAGGGUCACCAUUAACAUUUCGGGUCUGCGGUUCGAAACUCAAAUUAAAACACUUGCACGAUUCCCUAACACGUUGCUAGGUGACCCAAGCAAAAGAAUCCGUUUCUUCGAUCAGUUUCGGAACGAAUACUUUUUCGACAGAAACAGACCAAGUUUCGACGCAAUCCUAUAUUAUUACCAGUCCGGUGGGAGGCUUCGCAGACCCAUCAACGUGCCGGUGGAAAUCUUCCUGGAUGAAAUCCAAUUUUACGAGAUCGGUGAGGACGCCAUCGAGCAUUUCCGAGAGGACGAGGGUUUGUUUAAAGAAGAGGAGCGGCCGAUGCCCGCCAAUGAGUUUCAGCGUCAGCUCUGGUUACUUUUUGAGUAUCCCGACAGCUCCGCACCAGCCAAAGUUGUCGCCAUCAUAUCUGUUAUGAUCAUCCUGAUAUCAAUCAUUAUCUUUUGCGUAGAAACUUUGCCAGAGUUUAGAGAGGACGAGCAUGUGUUUAACAACCACCUUGCGCAGAACGGAACGUCUGGAAAAAACAGCCUAUUCAUGGAUCCGUUCUUCAUGUUGGAGAGCCUUUGCAUCAUUUGGUUUUUAUUUGAACUGCUUGUGAGGUUUCUCGUGUGUCCCAGCAAAACUGCCUUCUUCAAAGACAUCAUGAACACCAUAGAUAUCGUGGCGAUUAUGCCAUAUUUCGUCACGUUGGGAAUGGACCUCGCCGAGGUUGAAUCCAACGCACAACAAACCACGUCUCUGGCUAUUUUGAGAGUUAUCCGGUUGGUGCGCGUCUUCAGGAUUUUCAAACUCUCACGGCACUCCAAGGGACUCCAAAUUCUCGGACAGACGCUGCGCGCAAGCAUGCGAGAACUUGGACUUUUAAUAUUCUUCCUUAUCAUUGGUAUCAUAUUGUUCUCCAGUGCCGUGUACUUCGCUGAAGUGGACGACCCAGAAUCGGCGUUUACGAGCAUCCCGGAAGCGUUCUGGUGGGCUGUUGUGUCCAUGACUACGGUUGGAUAUGGAGACAUGUACCCCAUCACUAUCGGUGGGAAGAUUGUUGGGUCGAUGUGUGCUAUCGCAGGAGUUCUUACAAUCGCGUUGCCCGUACCGGUAAUCGUGUCGAAUUUUAAUUACUUUUAUCAUAGAGAGCACGGCGCAGAGGAGCAGGUGGAGUUCACGCACGUGACCUGCGGUCAACCGGUGACGCCGAUGCUGGCGGAGUGCAAUAAGAGCGACAGUAAACCAUCUCUCAUUAAAACAGAUAAUUCAGAUGACGACGAUGUUAAUCCAUCAAGUUUCUUAAAUUUCAGUCCAUUGGAGGAAUACGCAGGCAAAUUCACUGAUGUAUGAGACCGGGGUUGAACCAUUUCUAACGCAGCAGAAGUACGAAGAUACUGUGGCAGUAUUUAAGAAAACAAAGGUUCCAACAAGCAUUCUUGUAAUAUAUUGUAAUAUAAAUGUAUGUAAUUGUCAAAUCAUUCGUGCAUCAUUUUAAGACCUGUUUAAGGCGUAUCGUGCACUGUACGAGAUUUUAAACCUGGAAAAUAAGCUCAGCUUUGUGUCUUUUCUGUAAACGGUCAUAAUGUGCUCUACAGUGCAAGAUUUACUGUUUGCAGAUGUUGUAUUCGCUCAGGUAUAAAUGUAAUUCAUUGAUUUGUACGGAAAUGGUCUGGGCAGAAAGAGAUCUAAUAAGUGGACUUUUUGGAAAGUGCAAAACAAUGUAAGAGAGGUAGAGAGACAGAGACAUAAAAAGCAUUUAAUAUGUGACCUCAACCUUUGUUUUGGCUAGUUAACCAGCCCACACAACAGCCUCAG